GUGGGAGGAAAUGGGUAAGGAUAGUCCAUUCAUCCCAAUAAUAACUAAGAUCUCUGGAUUUCUCUUUCAAAGACCUAGCGUAUGCUUUCUGAGAGACAGAACCCAGGGCUACAGAAUCCCACCACUGACCCCGUGAACCGGAAACAACUUAAAUCGCGAACGAGCGACAUAUUUUCAUUCAUAAAGUAUAAGGCGGCUUGGAUAAUUUAUCAAAACGAGACAAUCAUCCGACUACGAUUUGAGGAUAAAUGCAAUCAUGUUUUACCAUAUUUCCUUGGAGCAUGAAAUCUUACUACACCCGAGGUACUUUGGCCCUAAUCUCCUCAACACCGUGAAGCAGAAGCUUUUCACAGAAGUGGAGGGAACCUGCACUGGCAAGUAUGGCUUUGUCAUCGCAGUUACUACCAUCGACAACAUUGGGGCGGGUGUAAUCCAGCCGGGGCGAGGGUUUGUCCUCUACCCCGUCAAGUACAAGGCCAUUGUGUUCCGCCCAUUCAAGGGGGAGGUGGUUGAUGCUGUGGUCACUCAGGUUAACAAGGUUGGAUUGUUCACAGAAAUUGGUCCCAUGUCUUGCUUCAUCUCUCGCCAUUCCAUCCCCUCAGAAAUGGAGUUUGACCCAAACUCUAAUCCUCCUUGUUAUAAGACAGUUGAUGAGGACAUUGUAAUCCAACAAGAUGAUGAGAUCCGGCUGAAGAUUGUGGGAACAAGAGUUGACAAGAACGACAUUUUUGCAAUUGGAUCUCUCAUGGAUGAUUAUCUGGGUCUUGUCAGCUGAUUCACCUCAAAGGGAGCACAUUACACAUCGGACAUUUUAUGUACUAGUUAUUUCUUUGUCAUAAGUCAUAUUUUUCUUAACUGAUUUGUAUAUUGACAAGAGUAUUGUUAUUAUUCAUCAUUAUUUUGCGCACCCUACAUUUUUUCCCCCCUUUGAAUAGGUGUAAGAUUUAAAGGAAAACCCGGAGAACAAUUGCUAAAUUUAUAGCAAAAUUGCAUACAAUGCAGAAGCGGAACCUAUUAUUAAUGUACUUUUAUUUUCAUGUAGAAUUCAUAAGUUCUAUCUCAACAAAUUUUUUUGUACACUGACUGUAAUAAAAUAUUGUAUUUGUUA